AUGAAUAAUCUUUUCCUCACUACAAGAGGAGUUGUAUAUUUAUUAUUAUGUAUUAUUCUGUCUUUUCAUUCUUGUAAAAUAGUUUCAUCACAAUCAUUAUUACCUCAACAAGAACUUGAUUCAGCAAUAUUCCUAAUCAGACAAUAUGGAGCAUCAGCACCUCAAAAUCAAUCGCUUUGUCAAACAUCAUUCUUUGCAUGUAAUGAUGAGUAUGGAGAUGGAUUAUCCCAUAUAACACAUGUUAUGUUUAAUAUUAUAAAUUUAUAUAAUUAUAAUUAUGUAGGAGACCCAGAUCCCAACAUGAAAUCACUCUACCUUCCUCGUUUGAUAUCACUUCGAAUUGAGCCGAAUACAUUUGUCGUUACCAACUAUUCAUUGAAUAUAUUAGAUUUGAUUCAAGAUUUGAAUACCCCGACUACGAUUACUAUUUCAAAUGAUCCAUCGGUUGUAUCGGUGCCACCAAACUUUUCCUUUCCGUUAGUGGUAGAUUUUGCAUUGUCUAGAUGUCCAAAUCUAACGACUCUUCCACCGACGUUUCUCAACAAUUCCCAAUCGUUGUUUUUGCUGUUUAUAAACACACCGAUUCAAUCAAUGACCAUUGACCAUACCUAUUACCUUCCAAAACUUGCUUCUUUUGUCUUUGAAUUGAAUGGUACUGAUGAUGGAUCCCACUUUAUCAACAUUACAUCAAACUCAUUUCCAAAAUUAACCACUGCACAUUGUACAGGUAAAAUUGACUCGGCCCCAGGACAAUGUAAUUUGAAUAUUGGAUAUCCAUAUUUAUUAUCAUCAUUAUCAGUGGCAGGACCUUUAUCAACUGUAACACCUUUUCCAAUUACCAGUUCACAGUAUCCAGUCCUUGAAACGAUUUCUCCAAAGAUCAAAAACACAAGUCCACAUCCAUUCUCUAAUCACUCAUUAAAUUUGGGAUACAAUAAUCUUGUAUCUAUACCAUCGAUCUCUUUGUCACUGAAACAAUUGAUUUUGGAUGGAAAUCAAUUUACCACUUUUGAUGCAAACAUGAUAUCCGGACACCCAGGACUAGAUUCAUUAAAUGUAGCCAACAACCUAGAUUUCACAGGACCCAUCACCGAUAUCUAUUGUGCACAUGUCCUCAAUGUAGCUGGUACAAGUGUCAGCUCGUUACCAGAUUGCUAUUGGUGUUACAAAAAUGUUACCAACUUUCCUUUUAAUUAUAUCACGACAAGUUUACCCUAUCCUCCAGGCAAAGUUUGUAAUGUUUUAAUUAAUAAUUCUAGUAAUAUUGUAACUAACAAUGGACAAUAUGUAUUGACUGGCCAAAACAUUGGGUGGGGAUCAAGCAAGUCAAAUUACACUUUGACAAAAGGGGUUCCAAACAAAAUACUUAAUGCCAAUUUUAUUAAUCCACCAUUGGUCCCAACCAACGUCACCUUGGAUAUGAGCACAUAUUCAGGUGCCCCAAUAACACAAAUUACAUUGGUCGAGGGUGGUAUCACAAUUGGUCAACUCAAUCUGCUACCCUCAAACACUAGUUAUGCAGCAAUGUUAACCUUUAAUGCUACAUUUAAUACAUAUUUUGAACACACUGUCAUGGUUGACAAUCAAGAGUGCGCCGCACUGUCUUAUGAUAGUAUAGAAAAGAGGUUUGAGUGCAAAAUCGCCACACUCACCUCUGGAAAUCAUAAUGUAUCAAUGUCAAAUGACUAUUACUUUACUGCAAAGUUUUUCCAAUUCGAUGCACCCUAUCCAAAGAUUUAUUCGAUCAGUCCCCUCCCUGCUCAAGUUGGAGAGACUAUCGAAAUAAAAGGGUAUUGGCCAAUAGUGUCGUCAUUGUUAUGGAACGUAUUUUUAUACCAACAGGACCAUGCCAGUGUACCAAGUUGUUCGUUAUUUUCAGUUGCAACCAAUAUCAUUUAUUGUCAACUUAUGACAGCAUUGGGAAAUGAAACAAUAGAAGUUGUUGUGACAGAUACUAUUUAUUCUGGAUCGUUUAUGAUAACACCUGAAUAUAUCUGUCAACAAUCAACCAGUAAUUGCCAUGGUAAUGGUCUGUGUAAUACUACAGGUCAAUGCGUUUGUAACAGUAAUGCAUUUUACAAUGACUGUUCAAAACCAUAUCCAAUCAUUUCAUCUGGUAGUUAUAAUGUAAAUAAUACUAAAUUGGUCAGUUUGUAUGGUGAUUUUGGACCUUUUGGACAAUCAAACUUAUCAAUUAAAAUUAAUAAUACUUUGGAUUGUGCUGUAGUUAAUGCAACAUCACAAUGGUUAAUUACUUGUUUGUUGGAACAAACACCAAAUUAUGGAUUAUCAUCGGUUCAAUUACAACUUGAUUCUUUGAAUACCAGUGCAAAGAAUAUUUUAAAUCUACGUAGACCUGGAAAUGGAGGAUCAACAACUACUACCACCACCUCUGGAGGGUCAACAGACACACCACAACAACAAUGUGAAAAACAAACAUCAAAUUGUUAUGGUCAUGGUGUUUGUGAUGUAAACGGAAUAUGUCAAUGUGACCAAGACUAUAAUCCUGAUGAUGAAUGUUUUACAAAGUUUAUAAAUACAACGAUUACACAAAAUACAACCUCACCAACAGUAUCAUUUGAUAUUGAUGGAAUUGAUUUCCAAUUUGAAGUUGCAUCAAUUCAAGAAUUGGAUUUUGAUAGUAAUAUUGUUAAAGAAUUAUUUAUUUCAAACUAUACUUGGAUUGUGAAUGCAUCAACCAAUAAUAUUACAACUAUUGUUGAUUAUCAAUUAAAUACAACCCUUUCAUCAUCCUCUUCACCAUCAUCAGACAUCAACUCAAUACUUUUCCAAUCAGUCAGUGUACUGUCAACAAUAUCAUUCUCAACACAAUCAAGAGAUAUUCAAUUUGGAGAUCAACAACUUCACAUCAAUCCAAAUUCCAUAAAGUUGGCUGUCAACGUAACAAAUUGGCAAUACUCAUCGAAUUUAGCAACACUCAGAGUUGUAUUUAGAACUGUCAUUAUCAACAACCAAACAAUCCAAUAUGAUUGCAAUGAAAAAGAGAUUGAUGCAAUAUCAUAUGAUUCAUUGUCAUCACUGCAAUACCUCAGAGUGAUCAAAGAUGAUAUUCAAUUCAAUGGUAGAUUUAUUGAUGUUGCAUUGUCUGAUGGUCGACCAACCUAUUCACAAACACAACUCAUAUCAUUGACACAAUCAAGUAGCAGUAAUGAACAAUCGAUUGCAUUGAUUGGUAUCAAUCUACCACAAUGUCAAUCAUGUAUUCUCGAUCCUGAUUUCUCACCAUUAUUAAUCGACAAGAGUAAUGAUGGUGGAUGUGACAGUAAAUCAAAUACCUGGAGAAUCAUAGUUGGUGUUGUAGUUGGAGUUGUUGGAGCCGUAGCCAUCACAGCAGCAGCAAUUAUCACCAUGAAAAAGACACAGGCCAGGAUCAGAAUGAACAACCAAAUGAAAAUGAAACUUCAAGCAAUGAAUUAA